AUGGAUGACAAUUCAACCGGGAAUAAGCAACUGCCGCAACUUUCCUCCGCAGAUUUACUAGCUCAAUAUCUUGUUGAACGAUUACCCACUGAUGUGUUUAGUCCUCCAACGUAUUUUAUUUCGCAAUUGACACACCAAGCGCAGCAACCGAACGACGUUCUGCUACCUCGACAACAUUUGUUUGUGCAGCAGCGGCAAGAAUGGUUAAUACAGCACCAGUAUUCGAGACAACAUGAAGAACAGAAACCGAAUGGAUUAUUCAUGCCAGUGCAACUAGAAUCACAGUCAUCCUUCAACAUUCUUAUCAAAUCCGGCAUUGCGAAAAUUACUGAUUUCGGUUUAUCUGGACAAAUCAUGUCCUCUUCAAUGGGUGAAUGCACUGCAGCAUACAGAGAUCCCUUGUCAUUUAGAUUUCGAUCAUAUAAACGUGGAAAAAAGUCUGAUAUAUUUAGCCUUGGAGUGCUGCUCUGGGAAAUUUCCAGCGGGCAAAUUCCUUGUAACAAGUGUGCUAAUACUAAUGUGGCAGAGUAUAGAAAACAUGGUUAUCGGGAUUCUCCUGUUUCGGAUACACCGGAAACAUAUGUUACGCUCUAUCAAGCAUGUUGGAGUGAAAAUCCGGAUGAACGACCAUCCUGCGAAGCAGUAUACAAACUAUUGAAACGGUUAUCUAAAACUAAUAACUCAAAAUAG